CGUCGCGUGACAGGCACGUGGGCGCAGAGCCGGUCCCGAUCGCCCAGCAGACUCGGAAACCCCUUUUUCCUUUCCCCCCUUUCUCUUUACACCACGAAACAUAGUGGAAACAAAUCGUUGGGCUCUCCAGAAAAUAAACAGAAGACUGACGAUGAAGUUCAACAAAGUCAAAACUUUUCGAUGGCUAUCAGGACAGGGUUUGACCUCAAGCUUGCUUUGUCAAAUGCAGAAGAUUGGGACGAUAUGAUUGGGGAAGUGGUGACGGUCUGGCCGUCUGAAGAUUAUCCUGUUCCAAAGCAAGAGGAAGUGAGUUGUAGUGCGCCGCGUUGGUUGAUGGCCUUGAUUGAACAUGGCUUUCUCGCAGCAAGAGAUCCUGGACAAGUUAUCUGAAGUUAACAAGGAAGCCAAUAAAAUUUCUCAACCAUACUGUCUUGGGACCCUUGACGAUCCGUUCUAUCUCAAGGUCACUUAUCCUGGCUGUGAGUUCGAAUAUGCUAGAAUACAACGGUACAGUGACUAUGGCUGUGAUGAGGACACGAUCCAAACAUGGCUGAAAAAUGCCCCUGUGUCUGGUUUCGGUGACAACAGAGUUCUCGAAACCAAGGUGGAUCCCGAAGUCAGGAGGGCAUGCGAGAUACCAGCAGAAGGCUUCGAAGUCAAAAAGGAACUUCUAGAAACCAUUGCAAAGAUAUGGUCAAGCAACUUUUUACCCAGCAAGGUUCGCGUUGAACCUUACAAAAUCCAUAUUUACGGGAAGGGUGGGCACUUUAAAUCUCACCGAGACACGCCAGAGAAGCUCUUGGUGGGGACUUUCCUUCUCGGAUUAGCUGAUACGGCGGUGUCAGUCUCGUACUGUGAUUCCGAUGUCUUGGAUUCUGGACAAGUAGGCAACUUCUGCAUCGGGAACAUCAAACGAACCGCGAAGUCUGGCCAGUGGGUGGCCUUUCACCCUGAUGUACCCCAUUCUGUUGAACCCCUCGCAUGUGGAUGCCGGGCUGCUAUUGCGUUCAAGAUAUUUAGCCUGGAGGAUGUCGAUGUAUUGGAGGAGGCAUCUCGACGCUAUCCCUCGGUGAUCGAACAGACUAGAGCGGUCCUGAAAAAUAUCAAGGGCCAGUACGGGAUCGUCCUACAACAUCAUUAUCCGAUGGGAACCGACGCAGACGGCUUGGUUGGUGUCGACGCAGUAAUCCUCUCCGCCGCGAAGCAAGUCCGGCCAGAUACAGUUGAAGUGAUACCGGUCGUGGUCGCGAUAUACGAACAAAGGGUAGAAUCUUACCAUGAAGAAGACGGCCUCAAAAGUGAAGUCCAUGCAUGUGUAUAUCCCUUCACCCGCCAUCAUGUGGACAUAUAUCUGGGGCGCUCUGACGAGAAUACGGAGAAAUCAGUAGCUUGGAUUAAGGAUGUGAAGGAUCUCCCCUUUUAUAGUUGGGACUUUAAGAAGAAAUCCAUGAAGUGGUCGUCUGAAGAACAGGAGAUAAACCACACCGGAAAUGAAUCUGAUGGUAUGCGAGAGUCGUCCGUGUACUUGGCGUACGCAAUUGUAGUACUAUGAAUCUAGACUCGCACCGAA